CAAAAGACUUUGAUUCCCCAGCUCCUCCGUGGUUUAUGCAGAAGGAGCCAGCAAACCUGCCUCUUACUUUUACUGAAAUCUCUGAAUUUAGUGUACGGGGAAGGAAGGGGCGGUGGUGAGAGAACAGCCUUGAGCUCCGCAGACUGGAGCCAGCCCCGUGCCUCUGCCCUGCACUUUGUGCUUGGUGCCCAGUGGGGAUGGGACUCGGGGGGCUCGGGGGGGCUGGAUGUCCCCCAGGCCCCUCGCAUGUGGGACAGAGCAGCCGUCCCCAGCCAGGCAGGUGGCGCUGGGGUCUGGGGGCUCUGCUCAGAGCCAGCGUCGGGUCUGCCUCUGUCCCUGCCCUGGAAGAUGCCCCUGCCCCUGGGCAACGUCCCUGGAUCCUUUCCCAAAGCUCUCCCCUGCCGGGCUGUGCUGCUUGGCGCUGCUGCAGGAGCUGGCUCCCUGCCUCCCUGCACGUGCCAACUCAUCCUGGGGAGCUGGGCAGCCGGAUCGGCCCCUGCGUGUCUGCCUGCAUCUGUGUCACUCGCUGGUGUCCUGCAAGUCCUGGGUCACUGCUGGAGCUGUCACAUCUGCUCAGCUCUCCCUUCCAUGGGCUGCGAGGGGCUCCCUCCUGGGGGGAACCUGGGCUGGUGGGGCAUCUUGGGGCCAGGGACACGAGAUGAUAGUGCCCAAGUGUCCGGCUCAGCUGCCUCAAGUGUCCCCUCUCAGCUUGAGUGCUGCGUGGGGGGACGAUCUCGGCUCACCCCAUGGCACCCCUUUGCUUUUCCAGGCACCAAGGGCUCCGCCAGGGCAGCACAACCCCCUGCCAUCACCACGCUGUGCCAUCCCUGCACCCGAUGGCUGGGGCCCGGCUGCCCCCCCCUUGAUGCCUGGCACCGUGUGACAUGGGGCACAUGGGUCCCCAGCUGGUGCCAUCGCACCCCAUGGAGGUCCCCUUUGCUGCCUGGUUCUGGCUGAUGCGUCUGGCCUCCUGCCUGGCUGCCGUGCAUGGCCCCACCAGCAAGAAGGAGAUCAGCACCGAGGGGGACCUGGUCAUAGGGGGGCUCUUCCCCAUCCACGAGAAAGGAGUGGGCAGCGAAGACUGUGGCAAAAUCAAUGAGCACCGGGGCAUCCAGCGCCUCGAGGCCAUGCUCUUUGCACUGGACGAGAUCAACAAGGACCCAAGCAUCCUGCCAGGAGUGAGGCUGGGCGCCCACAUCCUCGACACCUGCUCCAAGGACACCUACGCCCUCGAGCAGUCACUCGACUUUGUCCGUGCGUCGCUGACCAGGGUGGAUGGCUCCGAGCACAUCUGUCCUGACGGCUCCUACGCUGUGCAUGAUGAUGUGCCCAUGGCCAUCACUGGCGUCAUUGGGGGCUCCUACAGCGACGUUUCCAUCCAGGUCGCCAACCUGCUGCGGCUCUUCCAGAUCCCGCAGAUCAGCUAUGCCUCCACCAGUGCCAAGCUGAGCGACAAGUCCCGCUACGACUACUUUGCCCGCACCGUUCCACCUGACUUCUACCAAGCCAAAGCCAUGUCAGAGAUCCUCCGCUUUUUCAACUGGACCUACGUCUCCACGGUGGCCUCAGAGGGUGACUACGGUGAGACGGGCAUUGAGGCCUUCGAGCAAGAAGCUCGCAUGCGCAACAUCUGCAUCGCCACCUCGGAGAAGGUGGGACGCUCCAUGAACAAGAAGACCUAUGACGGUGUGGUCCGGGCACUGCUGCAGAAGCCCAAUGCCAGAGUGGUUGUGCUCUUCACCCGGAGCGAGGACGCUCGGGAGCUGCUGGCAGCUGCCCACAGAGCCAACGUCUCCUUCAUGUGGGUGGCCAGCGAUGGGUGGGGAGCCCUGGAGAGUGUGGUGGCAGGGAGUGAAGCGGUGGCAGAGGGAGCGAUCACCAUCGAGCUGGCAGCAUACCCCAUCCAGGAGUUUGCUGCCUACUUCCUCAACCUCCACCCCUACAACAACAGCCGAAAUCCCUGGUUUCGGGAGUUUUGGGAGCAAAAGUUCAAGUGCAGCUUCCACACUCCGGACUGUAGCCGGUACUCCCUAAAGACGGGCAAGUUUGAGCCGGAGUCCAAGAUCACCUUUGUGGUCAACGCGGUCUAUGCUAUGGCUCACUCGCUUCACAACAUGCAUCAGGCACUGUGCCCCAACACCACCAAGCUCUGCGACUCCAUGAAGCCUGUCAACGGCAAGAGGUUCUACAAGGACUUUAUGCUCAAUGUUAACUUUGAUGCUCCGUUCAGGCCAACAGACACAGAAAGCGUUGUUCGAUUUGACCGCUACGGCGACGGGAUCGGACGCUACAAUAUCUUCAACUACCACCACAGAGAUGGGCGGUAUCGGUACCAGAAGGUGGGCUACUGGGCAGAGGGGCUCAUCCUCAACACCAGCCUCAUCCCCUGGGCAGAGACAGCCGUCCCCGUGUCCCAGUGCAGUGACCCCUGCAAGAAGAAUGAGAUAAAGAGCAUGCAGCCCGGGGACAUAUGCUGCUGGAUCUGCAUCCCCUGCCAGCCCUACGAGUACCUGCUGGAUGAGUUCACCUGCAUGGACUGCGGUCUCGGUUACUGGCCCAACGAGACCCUGAACGGCUGCUAUGAGUUGCCCCAAGAGUAUAUCCGCUGGAGAGAUGUCUGGGCCAUUGGUCCCGUCACUAUCUCUUGCUUGGGUUUUAUCUCCACUCUGUUUGUUUUUGGAGUCUUCAUAAAGAACAACGACACCCCUAUUGUGAAGGCCUCUGGGCGGGAACUUUGCUAUAUUCUCCUGACCGGCGUCCUCAUGUGCUACAGCAUGACUUUCAUCUUCAUCGCCAAGCCUUCCACCGAGGUGUGCACGCUGCGGCGCCUGGGGCUGGGCACAUCCUUUGCUGUCUGUUAUUCGGCCCUCUUGACCAAGACGAAUCGCAUUGCCAGGAUCUUCAGCGGGGUGAAGGAAGGGGUCCAGCGCCCCCGGUUCAUAAGCCCUACGUCACAGGUGGUCAUCUGCAUGGCCCUCAUCUCCUGCCAGCUGAUCAUUGUCGUCAUCUGGCUGCUGGUGGAGACACCCGGCACAGGCAAGGAGACCGAGCCUGACAAGAGGUAUAUUGUCACCCUCAAGUGCAACAACCGUGACUCUAACAUGCUCAUUUCGCUCACCUACAACGUCCUCUUGAUUGUUCUGUGCACGGUCUAUGCUUUCAAGACCAGGAAAUGCCCUGAAAACUUCAAUGAGGCCAAGUUCAUCGGGUUCACCAUGUACACGACCUGCAUCAUCUGGCUGGCCUUCCUGCCCAUCUUUUACGUGACCUCUAGUGAUUAUCGAGUGCAGACCACAACCAUGUGCGUCUCAGUGAGCCUCAGUGGCACCGUGGUCCUUGGCUGCCUCUUCACGCCCAAGCUCCACAUCAUCCUCUUCCAGCCGCAGAAGAACGUGGCCAGCCACCGCGUGGGCACCGCACGGUUCAGCGUCGUGGCUGCCGGCUCCAGCCAGUCCCACGGCUCGGCCUCGCAGUACGUGCCCACAGUGUGCAAUGGCCGCGAGACAGCAGACUCCACGACAUCGUCCUUGUGAAGGUGGGGGGAAGCCGAGUCCCCAUCUGUCUGCACCUCGUCCUGGGGGAGCAGUAGCAGCCCCGGUGCUGAGGGCUGGCAGCAGACAGCAGAGCAAAGCCCCUGCCCCGGCACAAGGCUGCGCUGCGCCACGCUACGCGGUGCCCAUCCCUCACGCCUGUCCCCUGCGCCGAGCCCUGGUGUGAGCCCCAGCUCCCUCGUGCCGAGCCCUGCCACAAGUCAUGCUUUGUCUGCCUCCAGCUGUGCUGCACCUUACCCUUCCUCCACACACUGCCACAUCCCAGAGCACGCUGCCCUCGCCCACCCUGCUUUCCCCUUUGCACUCCCCUUUCAUGUCCCCCUCACGCCGAGCCAUGCCCCUUGCCAGGCAGAACCCACUCUGAGCAGAGGGGACUGCGCCCUUGGCACAGUUUUACGUUUCCUCCUUGUUUUCACCCUGGGGUUUGCAGGAAUCUGGCUGCUGGCACCUGCCCUGGGGUUACCCACCCAAGCAGAGCCAGAGCCCCCCUCCACGCUCCAGUUGCGGGCAGGGGCUGGAGCCCCACAGCAGACGGACAGGAGCACCCCCCAGAUGUCCGCUUCAUGCCUCGGGGCUGCUGCAGAGCCCAGGAGCAAGUGGGGUGGGGCUCAGACCGAGGGUGGUGAAGGGGGCCCCGGUACUCGAGUCCAACCCCUUUUUAAGAGUAGAUUCUUUUCUGUGACCAAGAUCGUGCUUUUUUUUUUUUUUGGUAAUUUAUGUAAAUAAAGUGGGUUUUUGUUGUUUGUUUUAAACGCACUCUUACAG